AUGGCAUCCCAGCUGCAAGACCGGCUGACCACUGAUGAGAACCUGCUGCUGAUGCAGAAAGGCAUGCUGCUGCGCAAGGUGAAGUCCAAAACCUGGAAGAAGCCAAGAUACUUCAGACUUCAGAAUGACGGCAUGACAGUCUGGCAUGGACGGCAGGCCAGGAGCAAGGCCAAGCCCACCUUCUCAAUCUCUGAUGUGGAGACAGUGCGUAAGGGCCAAGAAUCUGAGUUGCUGCGCAGCCUGGCAGAAGAGUUCCCUCUAGACCAGGGCUUCACUGUUGUCUUCCAUGGCCGCCGCUUCAACCUGGACCUGGUAGCCAAUAGUGUUAAGGAGGCCCAGACCUGGAUGCAAGGUCUCCAGCUAUUGGUGGACCUCGUCACCAGCAUGGACCAACAGGAGCAGCUGGACCAAUGGCUGAGUGAGUGGUUCCAGCGUGGAGACAGAAACCAGGAUGGUCGGAUGAGUUUCCAGGAAGCUCAGAGGUUACUGCUUUUGAUGAAUGUGGAACUGGACGAAGAAUAUGCCCUCAGUCUUUUCCAGGCAGCAGACACAUCCCAGUCUGGGACUUUACAGGGAGAAGAAUUCGUACAUUUCUAUAAGGCAUUGACUAAGCGUGGUGAAGUGCAGGAACUGUUUGAAAGCUUUUCAUCUGAUGGGCAGAAGCUGACCUUGCUGGAAUUUGUGGAUUUCCUCCGGGAGGAGCAGAAAGAAAGAAACUGUGCCCCUCACAUUGCUCUGGAACUCAUCGACCGCUAUGAACCUUCAGACAGCGGCAAACUUCGGCAUGUGCUAAGCAUGGAUGGCUUCCUCAGCUACCUCUGCUCAAAGGAUGGAGACAUCUUCAACCCAGCCUGCCUUCCUAUCUACCAGGAUAUGACUCAACCCUUGAGCCACUACUUCAUCAACUCCUCACAUAACACCUACCUAGUGGGAGAUCAACUUUAUGGACAGAGCAGCGUCGAAGGAUAUAUACGGGUCCUGAAGCAGGGGUGCCGCUGUGUGGAGGUGGACGUAUGGGACGGACCUAGUGGGGAACCUGUCGUUUACCACGGACACACUCUGACCUCCCGCAUCCUAUUCAAAGAUGUUGUAGCCACAGUAGCACAGUAUGCUUUCCAGGCAUCAGACUACCCAGUCAUUUUGUCCCUGGAGAACCACUGCAGCUGGGAACAGCAACAGACUAUGGCACGCCAUCUGACUGAGACCCUCGGAGAACAGCUGCUGAGCAUCACCUUGGAUGGGCUGCUUUCCAGUCAGCUGCCCUCACCUGAGGAGCUUCGGAGGAAGAUCUUGGUUAAGGGGAAGAAAUUAAGUGUGUUUGAGGAGGAUCUUAAGGAUGAGAACGAGGAGGAGGAGACAGAAUUAAUGCUGGAGUGCCAAAAUGACACAGAGACCAAGCCUCAGCUCCAGGAGCUAAGCUCGUGGAGGAAAGACAAAAAGGAGAAGAAAUCCAACCCCAUCGUGUGUCCAUCCCUCUCUGACCUGAUUAUCUACUUGAAGAGUGUCUCAUUCCGCAGCUUCAGUCAUUCAAAGGAGCACUACCGCUUCUAUGAGAUAUCAUCCUUCUCUGAAUCCAAAGCCAGGGGCCUGGCCAAGGAGGCUGGUAAUGAGUUUGUGCAGCACAAUACCUGGCAAUUAAGCCGUGUGUACCCCAGUGGGCUGAGGACAGACUCUUCCAACUACAACCCCCAGGAACUCUGGAAUGCAGGCUGCCAGAUAGUGGCUAUGAAUAUGCAGACUGCAGGGCUUGAAAUGGACAUCCAUGAUGGGCUCUUCCGCCAGAAUGGUGGCUGUGGCUAUGUGCUGAAGCCAGACUUCCUGCGUAAUGCUCAAAGUUCCUUCCACCCAGAGAGGCCCAUUAGCCCUUUCAAGGCCCAGUCCCUCUUAAUCCAGAUAAUCAGUGGUCAGCAACUCCCUAAAGUGAACAAGAGCAAAGAGGCGUCCGUUGUGGAUCCACUCGUGAAAGUGCAGAUCUUUGGUGUCCGUCCAGACACAACCCAGCAAGAGACCAACUAUGUGUCGAACAAUGGUUUUAAUCCAUACUGGGGGCAGACAUUAUGCUUCCGGGUCCUGGUGCCUGAACUUGCCAUAGUGCGCUUUGUGGUAAAGGAUUAUGACUGGGCAUCCCGAAAUGACUUUAUUGGUCAAUACACCCUGCCAUGGACAUGCAUGCAACAAGGUUACCGCCACAUACAUUUGCUCUCCAAGGAUGGCACCAGCCUCCACCCAGCUUCUAUCUUUGUGUACAUCUGUAUCCGAGAAUUUCUGGAGGAGGAUGAAUCCUGAGGUAGGCACUUUAUGGGAAGGGUGAGUGUGCUGGCUUCAGAUGUGAGAAAAAUCCUAGCACUCUGGGAGGCCGAGGCAGGUGGAUUGCU